AUCACAGAUGUAUGUAUAUAUAAAAAUAGAAAUAUAUGUCUUAGUAGGAAUAGGACAUGUCAAAAAUUUUGCGAUGGCCGGAUUGAAGGUUAGUUUGUAAUUAAAUAAACAUGUUCUGCGAUAAAUAACUAAUCGACGAUAAAUAACAAAAAUAUGGAUCCCAAAAGUCAGUUACCAUUUGAAGAAAAAUGGCCAUCUAUGCGGCCGAUAAUAUUAAAAUUAUUGAAACAAGAGCCAGUAACGCAAGGAGAAUGGCAGGAUUUAUUUUAUUCCAUUUACACUGUCUGUCUUUGGGACGAAAAAGGCGCUCAAAAAAUGCGAGAUGCUUUAAAAGAAGAUAUUAUGGACUUUAUAAAACAAGCACAACAACGAGUCUUAGCGCAUCAAGAAGAACAAGCACUGCUAAAAGCCUACAUACAAGAAUGGAGAAAAUUUUUCACCCAGUGUAAUUAUCUACCGACACCUUUUCGUCAAUUAGAAUCAUCAUUAGCCGGAAAAACUAGUAGUGGUGGUUCUGGUGUGCAAAAAAAAGCUCAAGCUGAGGAAAGCCUCGUUAGAAAAAUGAUGUUAGAUAGUUGGAAUCAAAGUAUAUUCAUCGAUAUAAAACAGAGACUACAAGACUCAGCAAUGAAACUAGUGCGAGCCGAAAGAAAUGGAGAAGCAUUUGACUCUCAAUUAGUAAUAGGUGUACGUGAGUCAUAUGUAAAUCUCUGUUCGAAUCCCAAUGAUAAACUGCAGAUUUAUCGGGAAAAUUUUGAAGCUGCGUACAUCGAAACUACUCAGUCAUUUUAUUGGAUAAAAGCACCAGAGCAGUUACACGCACACGGUGUCGAGCACUAUAUGCGUUACGCGGAAGCUAAACUUCGGGAAGAAGAACUACGUGCACAAAAGUAUUUAGAACCCAAUAGUUCCAGUGUACAAUUAUUGACAGACUGCUGUGUCAAAGUACUCGUAGCAACUUUUAAAGCUGCCAUUUUAGGGGAAUGCCCGCGAAUGAUUCGUACUCAUCAAACAGAGAAGCUGCGUUUGAUGUUGAAAUUGAUGGACCGAGUACCUGAUGGAGUUGGACCGAUGUUAAAAGAUCUGGAAGACCAUAUUUCGAGUGCAGGACUUGCAGACAUGAUGGCAGCUGUCGACGUAAUUACUCAGGACUCGGAAAAAUAUGUCGAGAGAUUAUUAGAACAGUUUCGUAGAUUUUCAAAACUAGUUAAAGAAGCUUUUGACGAUGAUCCGCGCUUUUUGACAGCUAGAGAUAAAGCGUACAAACUGGUCGUAAACGAUGCGACGGUGUUCAGACUAGAAUUGCCGUCAAAGCAGCCUCCGGGAGCGACUACCGUUGUUGUAAACAGUAAACCUAAUAAUAAUAACAGCGGGCUGCCGGAGUCAAAGUGUCCAGAGUUGUUGGCUAAUUACUGUGAUAUGUUACUUAGAAAAACUCCACUUAGUAAAAAGCUCACGUCUGAUGAAAUUGAAAGUAAACUACGUGAUGUGCUACUAGUGUUGAAGUAUGUUCAAAACAAAGACGUAUUUAUGCGCUAUCACAAAGCACAUUUAACGCGCAGAUUAAUUCUCGACACAUCAGCGGAUUCUGAAAAGGAAGAAAACAUGGUUGAGUGGUUGCGAGAAGUUGGAAUGCCUGCAGAUUAUGUUAACAAAUUAGCGAGAAUGUUCCAGGAUAUAAAGGUGUCUCAGGAUCUUAAUCAGCAGUUUAAAGAGCAGUGUCGUGCAGCUAUUGCUGACAGUAUAAAUAUUAAAAUAUUAAAUGCUGGCGCGUGGGCGAGAGGCAGUGAAAGAGUUACCGUCAGCUUGCCAUUACAACUAGAAGAUUAUAUUCCAGAGGUUGAGGAGUUUUAUAAGAAAAAACACAAUGGAAGGAAACUUCAGUGGUACCACCACAUGUCUAAUGGCACUUUAACAUUUUCAAAUGAAGUCGGACGUUUUGAUGUUGACGUUACGACAUUUCAAAUGGCCGUCCUUUUUGCCUGGAACCAACGUCCAAGGGAUAAAGUAUCUUAUGAAAAUCUUCAACUAGCAACAGAGUUACCUGAUCCAGAGUUAAGACGUACAUUGUGGUCACUUUGUGCUUUUCCGAAAUUAAAAAGGCAAUUAGUGUUAGUCGAUCCGCCAGCUUGCAGCCCUAAAGAUUUUUCUCAUAAUUCUAAAUUUUGGGUUAAUCAGGAAUUUGCUAUCAUAAAAAAUGGUAAGCUUCAAAAAAGAGGGAGAAUAAAUUUAAUUGGAAGAUUACAAUUGUCUACGGAACGAAGUAAAGAAGAAGAUAAUCAAUGUAUUGUUCAACUUAGGAUAUUACGAGUUCAGGAAGCUAUAAUUAAAAUUCUGAAGAUGAGGAAAAAAAUAACAAACGCUCAGUUACAAACAGAAUUAGUAGAUAUUCUAAAAAAUAUGUUUUUGCCGAGUAAAAAAAUGAUUAAAGAACAAAUCGAAUGGCUUAUCGAGCAUAAGUACAUCAAGAGACACGAAGACGAUAUCAACACAUUCGUGUACAUGGCAUAACUCAAUAAUUCAUUUUUUCUAUUAUUUCUGUAACGAAUUAUAUAUAUUUUUAUAAUAUUAAUAUGAAACAAAGAUGAUAAAUAAUAAAACAAAGCUCGGUAAGUAAAACAAACGAUAGCAAUGUUUAGAUAAUAAUUUAACCGAUUCGUCUGUUAAAUAUUUGUAUAAAAAUAAUGAAGUUAAUGUAAUUUUCUUUAAUUAUUUUUGGUUUCAUUUUACUAAUUAAUGCCAGAUCAUAUCAAGCUAGGUUGAUAACAAAAAAUUAUCAAAUUUUUUAGAUCUGAAAUUCAAUUUUUGACAGAAAACUUGUCGUGAAUAAAAAAAUAAUACAUGUUAUAAAGUUACAACAAUCGCAUCAACAUAAUGUUUUGUAAACUUUGAGUUAAUUAAUUGAAGAUGUAAUCUUUUGGUAAUUAUAAACAUUUUCUUGAUAAAUUUGUCAACCGACAGUACUCAGGCCUUCCAGUGUCGUCAAUUUAGAUAAAAUCAAGACGGCCUAACUUAUUUAUAAAAAUGUAACAUUUUGGAUAAAAUAAUUAUCAAGAUAAAAAUAAAUUUUUUUUGUCAUUCUAA